UGCUUUAUAAGGCAAGAGAGAAGUAAAGGACACACAACGAUAUUAUUUCCUCUUUAAAAACAAGGCGUCUUUAUAAACGCCUAUUCUUCUCUCGAUUUCCCUUUCGAUCCCCAAAAAACCUCAUCUGACUUCAUUUUCCUUCUCUGCAAAAAUGAGAGAGUGCAUUUCGAUCCACAUCGGUCAGGCCGGUAUUCAGGUCGGCAAUGCCUGCUGGGAACUUUACUGCCUCGAACACGGCAUUCAGCCUGACGGGCAGAUGCCAAGUGAUAAAAGUGUUGGUGGAGGAGAUGAUGCCUUCAACACCUUCUUUAGCGAGACUGGUGCUGGGAAGCACGUGCCACGUGCAGUUUUUGUUGAUCUAGAGCCAACUGUGAUUGAUGAAGUUAGAACUGGGACAUAUCGCCAGCUUUUCCACCCUGAGCAGCUCAUUAGUGGCAAGGAGGAUGCAGCUAACAACUUUGCCCGUGGCCACUAUACCAUUGGAAAAGAGAUUGUUGACCUCUGCUUGGAUCGCAUUCGCAAGCUUGCUGACAACUGCACUGGUUUACAAGGGUUCUUGGUGUUUAAUGCUGUUGGUGGAGGCACUGGGUCAGGUCUGGGCUCUCUUCUGUUGGAGCGUCUAUCUGUGGAUUAUGGAAAGAAAUCCAAGCUUGGCUUUACUGUCUAUCCCUCGCCACAGGUUUCGACAUCUGUUGUUGAGCCAUACAACAGUGUUCUUUCUACACACUCCCUUCUGGAGCACACUGAUGUAGCCGUGCUUCUUGAUAAUGAGGCUAUAUAUGAUAUCUGCAGGCGCUCCCUUGACAUUGAGCGCCCUACCUAUACUAAUCUUAACCGUCUGGUUUCUCAGGUGAUUUCUUCACUGACUGCCUCUCUGAGGUUUGAUGGUGCUCUAAAUGUGGACGUGACUGAAUUUCAGACUAACUUGGUCCCAUACCCCAGAAUUUCGAAUUUAAGGGGUGAUGUAGUGCCUAAGGAUGUCAAUGCUGCGGUGGCUACCAUCAAAACAAAGCGCACUAUCCAAUUUGUCGAUUGGUGUCCAACUGGAUUUAAGUGUGGAAUCAACUACCAACCACCUACUGUUGUUCCUGGCGGUGAUCUUGCCAAGGUGCAGAGAGCUGUGUGCAUGAUCUCAAAUUCCACCAGUGUUGCUGAGGUCUUCUCCCGAAUUGACCACAAAUUUGAUCUUAUGUACGCAAAGAGAGCAUUUGUGCACUGGUAUGUCGGCGAGGGUAUGGAGGAAGGUGAGUUCUCAGAAGCUCGUGAAGAUCUUGCUGCACUUGAGAAGGACUACGAGGAGGUUGGGGCCGAGUCUGGUGAAGGCGAUGAUGAGGAGGGUGACGAGUAUUAAAGAGUGGGACAGGCUUGAUUGCUUUUGUUUUUACCUGUUGUUUUCCUAGUGUUCUUCACCUUGUGCUUCUUUCAAUAGCUGUGGACAGCUUGUUUUGUUUCGCUUCUGGUGAAGCAGCAGCAUAGUGAAUCUUAUAAUUUUGUUAAAUAACAAUGUUAAAACUAUUAAAUCAAUACAAUAUCAUAAUAAA